CAGCGCGGUGCUGAGCGUGUGCCAGGCGGCCGACAGCUCCAUUCGGGCCGCAGGAAGGGGCGGAGCGGGGCGGCCGCGGCGAUGAGCGGCACCGGGGCCGCGCUGCGGGGGCACCACGCGGCGCUGCGGGAGGGCCUGUUGGAGCUCCGCGCCCGGCGGGAAGAGCUGAGCGGGCGGAUCGAGGCCGAGGAGGCGGAGCGGGGCCGGCUGCAGGCGCGGAUCGCCACGCUCUCCAGGCGCUUGUCCGACACCAGCGAGAGCCUGGCGGGGCUCCGGUCCGCCCGAGCCCACAUCGACCGCACCAUCGCCGAGAUAGACACGGCCUCCGGGAAGAUACUGGACAAUUCUCAGACAUUGCUAGAUGUCCUGAAGGAGCAAAUGAGGGAUCUUGGUAAAAUCAUUGAGCCACAAAGCCCUGUAUUUGGACCACGAGUACGUCGACAAAAGCGUUCCUAAACCUCUUCUUCAGCCUGGAAAGUCCUGCUGGCCAGAGAGCUGCUGCUGUGGUACAAGGAUGCCACAUUUAAUAAAAGCCUUUGUCUUGCAGAAGUAAA